AUGGCCAGCCCAUCUGGCCCUUCUCCGACGCCUCGCCGCGUCUUCGGCCGCGGUGGCGAGCCCGACUCGUCCCCAGAGAGCACACGCCGCCAAUCUAAUACUGGCACUCUUCGACCUGGCCGUAUAUCAUUCUCUCUGCCUAGACCUAAUAUCGGACGAUGGAGGGGAACGGACAGUGAUGCUGAAGCGGGCGACAAUUCGGUUACGAGUCCAUCUGGCGACAAGCCGCCCAUUCCCAGUGCGCUGCAGAGCGCUGCGGAGGUCAACGCCACACCUCUGCCUACUCUAUCCAUGCUUGUACUGUCUAUUACAUUACUGGGAGAGUUCUUGACUGCGAAUGUCUCAAUGCCUUUCAUUCUCUUCAUGGUCGAAGGUUUCAGCGAGUUCAAAGAUGACGACGAAGCCGAUGUAGGCUUCUGGACAGGGAUCCUCGUUUCCACAUUCUUUCUGACCCAGUUCGUGACUUCGCUACUUUGGGCUACUGUCGCCGACAAACACGGUGCUCGACUGGUCUUAACAGUCGCAUUGUUCGGAGGAUCCCUGUCUUGUGCAUUGUUUGGAACAUCAACCAGUUUGCGUCAGGCUAUUUGCGUGCGCCUUGUGCAAGGCAUCUUUGCCGGUGCCAUCGGUGUCGCUCGCGGCUGUGUAACGGUUAUCACCGAUCCUUCGAACGAAGGUCGCGCCUACGCCAUUCUGGGUUUCUGUUGGGGUUUUGGUGGUGCAGCAGGAGCUAUCAUCGGUGGACUAUUCGAAAGCCCAGCUACGAAGUGGCCUGGUGUUUUCAGCGAUGUGGCGUUAUUCACGACAUAUCCAUACCUUCUCCCAACCCUCGUCGCUGCCUCGGUCACAUUCUUCGGCGGCAUCCUCUCAUUCUUCCUUGGUCCGGACGGUGGCCCUCGCGGAGGCGCAAUCCGCCUACCCAUUGAAAAGGACGAUCCAGCGUCGGCCUCCGCGCCCGGAGCGAAUGUACCCAGUACGAUCCCCGAGGAUGCUACUGCACCUCCCUCGCCCGUACUCAGCCCAACUGAGCCUCGUGGUCCAUUGGGUGGCCUGCGCCGCGUAUCCAGGAAACUAUCAGGUUACUUCGGCGGGUCUCCAGCGCCUGAAGCAUCGCCGGCGCCUACACCCGUCCCGAUGCCAUCUCGUGGCAUGCGCCGUACAAGCCGUGCGAAUGGUUCCGCAUAUGGAUAUUCGAUAGGCGCCGGUACGCCUGUGGCGCGCACAGCAUCCUUCCGCGCGCGUCUCGCGAGCGGCGCGUCGGCACGGCGCCCGUCCAUCGUCCCAGGUUCAUCGCUCCGCGCACGCGGCUCCGUAGGCGCAUUUGACCGCGACUCCCGUCCGUCUUUUGGUGGAGGUGGUACCGGAGGGGAAGACCUCAACUUCGCACAGCGUCUGCUGAUGGCAAAUGAGAAUGCCGUGACGAAUAUCGCGGAUUUGUGGGUUGCCGCGGCGAUGAAUGUGGAUAAUGAAGAGGUGUUUGAGAGUGACGAUGAGGACGGCGAGGAUGGGAUCGGGGUUGGUGCAGGGGACGAUAUGCCAGUGUUCGACUGGGACAGUGAGGGCACGCCAGCCAGGGAGGAUACGCCCAGCCGACCGGGAGGAAGCAGGCUAAACCCUGCGUACGGAAGCUUGCAAGGCUCGCCGGGUGCUCGUCGCGCGAGCGGGUUUGCUGCGCGUAGACCCUCGCGAGGGACGCUCACGGAUGCAGGCGGAACCCUACGCCGCGCGUCCGGUGCACCGAGCAUCUUCGCGCAUCCCGGCGUACGCACACCGCAAGCGGUCGUGGAUGCACACAAGCUUCUCGAGUCCGAAGACCCCUUCGCCGAACCCGUUGUACCGGAAGCCGCAGACGAAAUACAACCUCCGCAACAGGGAGUUUGGAGUCAAUUGCCGCUGUUGAUCAUCAUACAAUAUGGGCUGCUGGCACUGCACACGACGACGCACGACAUGGUCUUCUUGAGUUACUUAGUCAGCAAGUACGAGAGCGGAGGGUUGAAUUUGAAUGCGAGCCACUUCUCGCAGCUCACUGCACUCAUGUGCUUGUUCCAAGUCGCAUACCAAUUUUACUUGUACCCCAACAUCGGCCCUCCCCGCGGGCGCUUCAGCCAUCUGAGCAUGUUCCGCAUCGGCACUCUUCUCUUCAUCCCCGGAUAUGUCACUGUCACGCUCUACCGCGUAUUUGCGAGCGCGGACGACGACGGAAACGCGAUCCUCAUGACAGCUUUAGCGGUCUCCGCCGCUGUUCGCUACUGCGGUAGCACAUUCGGUUACACCUCCAUCUCGAUCCUGCUCAACUACAUGUCUCCCCCUCCGCUCGUCGGUCUCGCGAAUGGUAUCGGACAGAGUAUCGUCUCGCUCGCUCGGUUCUUCGGUCCUAUCCUUGGUGGAUACAUCUGGAGUAUGAGUGUCGAACGGAACCCGACAGGGUUCUGGAUCCCAUUCUUCAUCUGUGGUGCGAUUUGCGCAGUCGGAUUGGCGCAUAGCUUCUUCAUUCGCUAG